UUGGUAUUCCUCCGGGGUGUGGUGCAAGUACCAAGUCCACGACAACAUAGCCGGAUGCGGUCUAUCGAUAUCUAGGCUAGAUAGAUAACUAGCACCCCAGCCUCGCUGUCGCGAUCCGCAUCGUUAGAGCACCAUACCACGCCCCCCGCUAAGCAGCAGUCCUUGUGACGAUUGACGGCCCCAGCAAGGCAAAGCUCCGGCUCCACUUCACUCCAGCAACCGUCAUCGCUGUCUCCCGGUCUCUCUCUCUCUCUCUCCCUCUCUCUCUCCUUCAUCUCCCCAUCCCUAUCUUCCCCAUCAACAUCAACAUCCAGUGGACGUUGGUGUCUAUCUCGCAUCUCCAUCUUCUCUCAUUCAUUUCCUUUUGAGUUGGGUGUUCUGUAUCACGGGAAGACAACCAUCAUGAAGACCGUUUCCGUCCUGGCGGCGGCUACCCUGCUGGGGUCCGCGUCCGCCGGCGUCCACAAGCUCAAGCUCAACAAGGUGCCGUUGUCGGAGCAGCUGGAGCACCACAACAUCGACUCUCACGUUCGCUCUCUGGGUCAGAAGUACAUGGGCAUCCGGCCCAACCAGCACGAGCAGCUGUUUCAAGAUACCUCCCUGAAGCAGGAGGGCGGUCAUGAUGUCCUCGUUGACAACUUCCUGAACGCUCAGUACUUCUCCGAGAUUGAGAUCGGUACCCCUCCUCAGACCUUCAAGGUCGUCCUUGAUACCGGUAGCUCCAACCUCUGGGUCCCCUCGUCGGAGUGCGGCUCCAUUGCUUGCUACCUCCACUCCAAGUACGACUCGUCUGCCUCUUCGACUUACAAGAAGAACGGCUCCGAGUUCAGCAUCCGUUACGGAUCUGGAAGCUUGAGUGGCUUCGUAUCUCAGGAUGUCGUUUCGAUCGGUGACCUGAAGAUCAAGGACCAGCUCUUCGCGGAGGCCACCAGUGAACCCGGUCUAGCCUUUGCCUUUGGUCGUUUCGAUGGCAUCCUGGGUCUGGGCUAUGACACCAUCUCCGUCAACAAGAUCCCCCCUCCCUUCUACAACCUGCUGGACCAGGGUCUGCUUGACGAGCCUGUCUUCGGCUUCUACCUGGGCGACACCAACAAGGAAGGUGACGACUCUGAGGCUACCUUCGGUGGUGUCGACAAGAGCCACUACACUGGCGAGCUGACUAAGAUCCCUCUCCGCCGCAAGGCCUACUGGGAGGUUGACCUCGAUGCCAUUGCCUUUGGCGACGAGGUUGCUGAGCUGGACAACACUGGUGUCAUUCUCGACACCGGUACCUCCCUGAUCGCUCUGCCCUCUACUCUUGCCGAGCUUCUGAACAAGGAGAUUGGCGCCAAGAAGUCGUGGAACGGCCAGUACACUGUCGACUGUGACAAGCGCGCUGGUCUGCCCGACCUCACCUUCACCCUGACUGGCCACAACUUCACCAUCGGACCCGACGACUACAUCCUUGAGGUCCAGGGCUCCUGCAUCAGCUCUCUGAUGGGCAUGGACUUCCCUGAGCCCGUUGGUCCCCUGGCCAUUCUGGGUGAUGCUUUCCUGCGCCGUUGGUACAGCGUCUACGACCUGGGCAACAACGCCGUCGGUCUUGCCAAGGCCAAAUAAAUGAAACAUGCUAGUCUUUUGCGAGGACGCUCCGUGAUGGCUUUGUGGACAAAUGAGUAUAUAUGAUAUUGUGACGGAUCGGUACAGAUUGACUCGGAAUGACCGUAGGGACGGAUGGGCCGGUGGACAGUUCCACCGUGUACUUUGUAGCGCAAUCCAUUUUUUUCAGUCUUGUAUUGAGGCCGGAAUCUGCCGUUCAUUUGUGUAGAGAUUCAAAUACGAACCGAGCUUGCAUACCUUAAAUAGCUAGCAGACAUGUAUACUCCAUCUGCAACUGCAGUG